AUGGUGGAACAGAAGCAGGAACUGCAAAUGCUGACGCACACGGAGGUCCCACAACUCCUGAAGAGGCACCACAUUGUGAAGGGAUAUCGUCCGUUGUACCAGCCGGUCCAUUACUAUUACAAAUCGGCCUUUCGUUCGCACAAUGAACUGAUCAACGUCUGGACGCACUUUGUUCCCGCUGUUUGUUUAAUUCUAUUCUAUUUCUUCCCUGAAGUAUUCUCGCCAUCACCACGACUUCCUGUGCUUGUACUAUAUACGGGUAUUGCUACGCUUCUUCUAGGAUCAACACUUGCCCAUUUACUGCAUUCGCGAUCUCCACAUGAUCACAUUUUUUGGUUCCUUGUCGACUUUUCUGGAAUUGCUCUAUUCGGAUGUUCAAUAGGUCUUCAACGAUAUAGUUGCAGCACAGACAUGAUCAACGUUGUCCGCCUGGCUUAUCUUCCGUCUUUGCUGUUUAUCGUACUAGUUCUUCAAUUCCUCUCUGCCUGUUAUCUUUUUGUAUGCCGGCCCGAUUGGCCGUGGAGACUAGAAGUUCGGAUGGCAACUUGUCUGCUACUGGCUCUCUGGGUCCAUCUACCCCUGUUGAGUAGAUACAUGGCAGAAGAUUCGUCAGCAGACAACUCUCUUCACUUGCAUAGCAAUGCUUUUAGCUGGCUUUUAUUCAGUGGAAUCUUUAUGGGAGCAAAAGUUCCUGAACGAUUUGCUCCUGGUCUUUUUGAUAUUUUCGGUUAUGGACAUCAGCUAUUUCAUCUUUGCAUCAUUAUGGUGGCCUGGAACCUGUGUGACGCCGCCCACUACGACUGUGCACCUUCUGCGUGGAACUCGUCGAUAAAUAUUGAAAUCGAUGACGAAUACGGUACUAAUCUUCCCAGCCAUUCUUUGAUACGAGAAGAUAAAGGGCUUUAUGCAUUCGCACAAGAACGGCACGACCUUUCUGAUGGCGCACCCAAAGGAGCUGAGACAGUGAUAGUGUUUGUUGAGUAG